GCAAGUUGGAGGCUUCUCCCGGGCUCCGGGGAGAGGGAUCCCGCGGCCGCCUCCGGACGGUCUGGCUAUGACAGCGCCCGAGGCUUCACCCUCCGUCUGGGUAUGGCUGAUUCUCUGCAGCUGUAUCCUGGUCCGAGCGCAGCUGGAUUCUGACGGCACCGUCACUAUAGAGGAGCAGAUGGCCCUGGUGAUGAAAGCGCAAGUGCAAUGUGAGCUCAGCAUCACAGCUCAGCUCCAGGAGGGAGAAGGUAAUUGCUCUCCAGAAUGGGAUGGACUCAUAUGUUGGCCUAGAGGAACAGUGGGGAAGAUGUUAGCUGUGCCAUGUCCUCCUUAUAUUUACGACUUCAAUCAUAAAGGAGUUGCCUUCCGACAUUGUACCCCCAAUGGAACAUGGGAUUUUAUUCAUAGUGCAAAUAAAACAUGGGCUAAUUAUUCUGACUGCUUUCUGCAGCCAGAUAUUAGCAUAGGAAAGAAAGAGUUCUUUGAGAGCCUCCAUGUGCUGUACACUGUUGGCUACUCUGUCUCUUUUGGCUCCUUGGCUGUGGCUAUUCUCAUCAUUGGCUACUUCAGACGAUUGCAUUGCACCAGGAACUAUAUCCACCUGCACUUAUUUGUGUCUUUCAUGCUGAGAGCUGCCAGCAUCUUUGUGAAGGACAGAGUGGCCCAGGCGCACCUGGGCACAGAGGCCCUGCAGACUCUUGUUAUGCAGGGUGACCUGCAGAAUACCAUCGAAACAACUUCUGUGGGCAAAUCACAGUAUGUUGGGUGCAAGAUUGCUGUUGUGAUGUUUAUUUAUUUCUUGGCUACAAACUAUUAUUGGAUCUUGGUGGAAGGGCUCUACCUGCAUAACUUAAUCUUUGUGUCAUUCUUUUCGGAUACCAAAUACCUGUGGGGCUUCAUCUUGAUAGGCUGGGGGUUUCCAGCAGUAUUUGUUGUGGCUUGGGCAGUGGCACGUGCCAUUCUGGCUGAUGCCAGGUGCUGGGAACUUAGUGCUGGAGAUAGGUGGAUUUACCAAGCUCCAAUCUUGGCAGCUAUCGGGCUGAAUUUUAUUCUGUUCCUGAAUACAGUUAGAGUUCUUGCUACCAAAAUUUGGGAGACCAAUGCAGUUGGGCAUGACAUGAGAAAGCAGUACAGGAAACUUGCCAAGUCCACACUGGUCCUGGUGCUGGUGUUUGGCGUGCAUUACAUUGUGUUCAUCUGCCAGCCGCACUCCUUCACUGGGCUCUGGUGGAAGAUCCGCAUGCACUGUGAGCUCUUCUUCAAUUCCUUCCAGGGUUUCUUCGUGUCGAUCAUCUACUGCUACUGCAAUGGGGAGGUUCAGGGUGAGAUGAAGAAGAUGUGGAGCAGGUGGAAUCUGUCUGUCGACUGGAAAAGGACGCCACCGUGCGGCAGCCACAGGUACGGCUCGGUGCUCACCACCGUCACGCACAGCAGCAGCAGCCAGUCGCAGACCGGGGCCUGCACGCGCCUGGUGCUCGUCUCGGGCAAACCCACCCGGGCUGCGGGCAGGCAGCUCCACAGCCGCGUGACUCUGCCCGGCUACGUGGGGAGCAGCUCAGAGCAGGACUGCCCGCCGCACUCCAUCCACGAGGAGACCAAAGAAGGGCACGAGGGCCAGGGAGAAGGCACCCCAGGGCAGGAGUCUUCCAGGCCAUUGGAAUUUUCCCUGGAUGCGGAAGGGGGCCAAGGAGAAGCUAAGCACGCUCUCUAAGCCAAUGUCUGUGGCUCUAACAGGCCGGUCCAUCUGGUGGCACGACAGGAGACUGGCUGGCAUGGCCCUGCGUCAGCCGGAGACUGCAAAAUUCCUGGCUCUGAGGCGUUGCUUUUAACUUUUUCAGUUUCCAUGAAUUUGCUCCUACAUAGGACACAGCAGGGGAUGUACCAGUGGAUUCGCUUAUUAACUCAUUUUGGCGUCACAUUGUUGUCUAAAUUGAUAGUUGCUCUGUGAUUUUAACCCCCCCUCCCUUUGGGUAGAAGUGGUUUCAAUUGCUUGACUCCAGUGUUCCCUCAUACAUAUCUAGAUCAUUUAAUAUGUACCAUCUUCCCUUUCAAGUGAUUACGACUCGCUUUUUCUCCUUUUCACUUUAAUGUACUAUUGCCGUUUCAUUCAAGACUUGGGUUUGAAAACUGUGGGCUGAAAGAUCAAAGAUGUAAGACAAAGUGUGCACUGGAAAAUUAGUUGAUUGGAUAUUCAUUAAGUAAUACAUUUAUGAUAAUUUUGAUUGAUUCUACAGACCAAAAAUUGCUCCCAAAAGAAUUCCUCUUUUGAAUGUCCCUUUUGUGACCAGCCAAACAUUAGCUGACUUGCUCCUCUAUCUUUGUAGACAAUAAUGUGUCAAGAGUUUUCUGUCAGUGACUUGGUGUCUGCAGGCUGAUGUUUGUACUCAUUUCUAUGGGUACUAAAUUUUACUGCAUCUAGAUGUUUUUCUUUGUUCUAUUACAG